AUGCCCUCUCUCCCACCUGAAAAAGAACGGUUUCUCCAGUGCUGCAGCGACAUCGCCAGCGAGCUUGUGGCGCUGCUCAAGUCCAACAAGGACACAAACCUCAACGGCGUGGUGUCCCGCCACUCGAAAAAGCUCAAGCUCAAACACCAGCCGCGCUUGACCGACAUCAUCGCCGCCAUUCCAGACCAGCACAAGAAGUACUUGCUUCCCAAACUCAAGGCCAAGCCUGUGAGAACAGCGUCCGGUAUUGCUGUCGUCGCCGUCAUGUGCAAGCCGCACCGCUGUCCCCACAUUGCAUACACGGGAAACAUCUGUGUCUACUGCCCUGGCGGACCAGACUCGGACUUUGAAUACUCCACGCAGUCAUACACGGGCUACGAGCCCACGCUGAUGCGGGCCAUCCGCGCCCGCUACGACCCGUACGAGCAGGCCCGCGGGCGGAUCGACCAGCUCCGGCUGUUGGGCCAUCUGAUCGACAAAGUCGAGUACAUUGUCAUGGGCGGCACCUUCAUGUCGUUGCCCGUGGAGUACCGCGAGCACUUCAUUGCCCAGUUGCACAACGCCUUGUCCGGAUACUCGGGCACCGACCUUACUGAGUCCAUCCGUUUUUCCCAGCAGGCGCAGACCAAAUGUGUCGGCAUCACCAUCGAGACCAGACCCGACUACUGCACGGAAACACACUUGAGCGACAUGUUGACGUAUGGCUGCACCCGUUUGGAGGUCGGUGUUCAGCUGGUCUACGAAGACGUGGCCAGAGACACCAACAGAGGUCACACGGUGAAGGCCGUUUGCGAAACCUUCGCCGUGGCCAAGGACGCGGGCUACAAAGUGGUCAGCCACAUGAUGCCGGACUUGCCCAACGUGGGGAUGGAGCGGGACUUGCAGCAGUUUGUCGAGUACUUUGAAAACCCAGAGUUCCGUACCGACGGCUUGAAGAUCUACCCAACCUUAGUCAUCCGUGGCACAGGCUUGUACGAGUUGUGGAAGCGCGGUUUGUACAAGUCGUACAGCGCCAAUGCCUUGGUGGACUUGGUUGCCCGGAUCAUGGCUCUUGUGCCGCCCUGGACCAGAAUCUACAGAGUGCAGCGUGACAUUCCUAUGCCCUUGGUCACUUCUGGUGUGGAAAACGGAAACUUGCGUGAGUUGGCGCUUGCCAGAAUGAAAGACUUUGGUACAUCCUGCCGAGAUGUGAGAACAAGAGAAGUGGGUAUCCAGGAAGUCCACCACAAGGUGGCGCCGGACCAGGUCGAGCUUAUUCGCCGUGACUACUAUGCCAACGGCGGCUGGGAGACAUUCUUGCUGUACGAGGAUCCGAAGCAGGACAUUUUGAUCGGUCUUCUCCGUUUGCGGAAAGCCGCCAAGCCAUUCCGCCGGGAAUUGAAGGGCCAGCGCACUUCUCUUGUCCGUGAACUUCACGUUUACGGAUCUGUGGUGCCGUUGCAUUCUCGAGACCCACGGAAGUUCCAGCACCAGGGUUUCGGAACGUUGUUGAUGGAAGAAGCUGCACGCAUUGCGAAAGAGGAACACGGCUCCACCAAGAUUUCUGUCAUCUCUGGUGUGGGUGUGCGUAAUUACUACGCAAGAUUGGGAUACGAGUUGGACGGGCCAUACAUGUCCAAGAUGCUCUGA